AUGGCAGGCCGCACCGGAGCCAGCGCUCCACGACGGUCGGCGCGAAAUCAAAAGAGACAGACUACCCUCCAAUUCUCGCCUCUGCCAUCUUCAUCCCCUGCGAAGUCGGGGUACAGUCCCGCAGUGCAGAGCAGAUUGGCUAGUGUCAGAUAUCAAGGCUCAAAACACGCCUCAAAGACACCGCAGGAUGGGGAGGACGACAAGGUGGGGCUCACUGCAGCCUUACCCACACCUGAACCCUCCUCCCAAGUUGGGGAAUCCCAUCAUGUGACCGUUCGGGGCCCAACACGUACCGCAUCGCCCUCGUCUUCCCACGCGCAACGGGUAUCAUCAUAUGAAAAUCGGGACGAUGAAGAGGAUGACUACGAAGAUGACUUGGUGCCGUCGGCGAGGAAGAGAAGGAGAUUUUCGCCCAUUGGAAACCCCGUCCACCAAUCUGGCUCCCCUCAGUCGCGUCGAUCAGGGCGUUUACAGUUCAAUUCGGCGACACUGCCCGAAUACUCCUCCAGAGCGGACCGAACGAUACUGGCAGAACCACAAAGCUCGCCCUUGAAGAGACGAUCCGGUAGAAGACGAGCGCAUCAAUCUCCUUCCCGUACUGUGCAGUCACCUGAUUCCGAGUAUCGAUCCUCGAGCCCAGCAGUAUCCAACCGUGUCUCCUCAACGGCACGACAAUCAACAUCUAGACUUUCCGAUCUUGGUUCUCCCGAGGACAGUGAUGACGAGGAUAUCGUGAUGGCUUCCAGGCCGACCGCGAGACGGCAGCGGCAGUCCAAGCCCGCGGCGUCUCGCGAUCCUUUCGUUGUCAACGAUGAUGACGUUGAAUACAUAUCGGACAAUGACCGGCCUAUGAGGGCGCACAAAUCUCGGGGGUCGAAAGCGGAUGAUUUCGUCGUCGAUGAUGACGAGGUCGAGUACAUCUCUUCUGACGACGGCACAUCGCACGUCGCAAAGAACAAUGGCCGUAGCCGGAACAUAUCGGCAAGCCACAAGACCCCAAGCAAACGGCGCAGGUCUCGGAAGGAACAAGAGGAAUUGGACAAAGACCUGAAGGAUUUGCAAGAUUCCAACUCCGAGCCAGAGAUUACCGAAGCAAAAGGCCGUACGCGGGGCGGUCCGGUAACGACUGCACGCGAUAAAACGAGGGCCCAGCUUGAGCUACUAAGGAGGCGGCGGGCUGGAAAAAGGGCUCCUCGCGUGGAAGACUCCGAUGAAGAAGAGCCGGAGGAAGAUGGGGUUGAUAUCGAUUUCAUCGGUCGUCCAGACCGCGACAUCAGCCCUGAGGGCUCCGUCCAUUCUUCUGUCGACACUGACCAGGAAGGAGAGCUAAACCAGGGCCUGCUAGACGAUGGAGACGAAGACGAUUUCAUCGAGGAUGAUACAGCUGGCGGCGGCCGACUGGGACGACCACAACUACACCCUGAUAUUCCACUGGAAUUCACUUCAUUCGCCUCGGCCAAGCCCCGGGAACUAUUUCCCCAUAUAAUCGAGUGGCUCGUCAAGAACAAGAUCGCCCCGGCAUUCUCGCGCGACGACGAAUUAUACAAAUUGGCAUUUGCGCGCGUCGACGACCAAGUCAAGGCUCAGGCCGGCAGCCGACUGAUUUCGUCCGCAUGGGGCGACGACUUCAAGCGAGCCGUGCUAGCCAGACCAGACAUGAAAGUCCAGGCUCUUCCCGGCGACGACGAAGACAAUAUUCGCAACUGCGACGCUUGCAACCGCAGCGGACACCCUGCUCGAUAUGAAUUCGUGCUCUCGGGCCAACCGUACUAUAGGGAAUCAUUGGAACCUGUGGAAGAUGACGAAGACGAUGACCAAGACGAUGGUAGUCAGAGUCGCGAUGAGUACGGUCACGUUCUGCCCCCCUCUAAUCGCAAAUUCUAUCUUGGUCGCUUCUGCGCCGCCAACGCCGAAAUGGGUCAUAAAUUGACGCAUUGGAAAUACCAUCUUAACGAGGCUCUCAUGUCGUACCUCGAAGAGCAGGGCGUUUUGUCCCCCGAGGCCAUUGUCGCCCGCGACAAGAUGAACAAGAAGAAUCUCGAGAAGCUGGCCGAGAACAUUGUCGACAAUAUGCAGGAGACGGGCGUCAUUGCCGAGUUCUGGGCCGAUUUUGAAAAUGAUCUCAAUGAUGCUAGGUUGGGCAUGGAGGACUUUGAUAGAAAGGGUGGUCGCUCCAAGGGUCGUAUUGGUGCUGUCAGGGCAAGGGGUGGAAAUGGUUCUAUUAGAGAAUGGGGAGACGAUGGCAGGUACCGCGUCACGAAUGCUGUGACUGUGGAUUCUGAUUCGGACUGA